AUUACUGCAUUUAAAUAUAGGCGGAGUCAGAGAGAAAAAAAGAUAAAAUUGUUAUUCUCAUCUCAGACAGUGCAUACCUUGCCCUUUGCAACCUGCUGCUUCAUCUUAUCUGUCAGUGCUGCUCCUUUACUAGAACAGAACUUAGCAUGGAACAAACAGCAAACACUCUGCUACAUAUCACAGCCUCAGAUGUAGAAAGUUUAAAAGAAGGGAUCAAUUUCUUGAGGAAUAAGGAAAACGGUACAAAUUUCCUUAUUUUUAAAAAUGAGGAUGAGUUACGAGCUUGUAAGAACCUAUGUAAACACCAAGGAGGAACCUUCAUAAAGGAUAUUGAGGACCUAGAUAGCAGCAUUGUGCGUUGUACAAAGCACAACUGGAAACUAGAUGUGAGCUCCAUGAAGUAUGUCAACCCACCAGACAGCUUCUGUCAAGAUGAACUAGUCAUUGAAAGAGAUGAAGACAACUGCCUUUCACUUGUAGAACUGAAUCCUCCAAAUCCAUGGGACUCAGAUGCAAAAAUUCCAUUAGACUUGGAUCCAGGGGAGUUACAGAUUACCUAUUUAACUCAUGCCUGCAUGGAACUGAAGCUGGGGCAGAAGUAUAUGGUAUUUGAUCCUUGGCUGAUUGGUCCUUCCUUUGCUCGAGGUUGGUGGCUGCUUCAUGAACCUCCAUCUGACUGGCUGGAGAGGUUGUGUCGUGCUGACUUAAUUUAUAUAAGCCACAUGCACUCUGAUCACCUUAGUUAUCCUACGCUAAGAAAGCUUGCAGAAAGAAGACCGGAUAUACCAAUAUUUGUUGGAAAAACAGAACGACCUGUCUUCUGGUACCUGGAUCAGAGCGGUGUUAACUUAUCGAAUGUCAAUGUUGUCCCUUUUGGAAUCUGGCAGCAGGUGGAUGCAGAUCUCAGAUUUAUGAUACUGAUGGAUGGAGUUCAUCCUGAAAUGGACACUUGUAUUAUUGUAGACUACAAAGGUCAUAAAAUCCUAAAUACAGUGGAUUGCACUCGGCCUAAUGGUGCAAAGCUCCCCACAGAUGUUGCUGUAAUGAUGAGUGACUUUGCUGGAGGUGCAUCUGGAUUUCCAAUGACAUUCAGUGGUGGAAAGUUUACAGAGGAAUGGAAGGCACAGUUUAUAAAAACAGAGAGAAAGAAACUGCUGCAUUACAAAGCCCAACUUGUCAAGGACUUGAACCCUCGUAUCUAUUGCCCCUUUGCUGGGUACUUUGUGGAGGCCCAUCCAUCAGAUAAGUAUAUUAAAGAGACAAACAUUAAAAAUGAUGCUGCAACAUUGAAUCAGCUGAUAACUAAAAUGUCAAAUGUUAUUACCUGGACUCCAAAGCCAGGAGCAGUGAUGGACGUUGGCAGGGUAUUAAAGGACCCAAGUGACAGAGAGGCCAUUGUUGAUCCACCAGAAGGUAUCAAAAUCUUCAAAGAUUCUUGGGACUUUGGUACAUACCUGGAUGCCAUGUCUACUUCAUUUAAAGAUGAGAUCUUUAACUAUCCAUCUUGGAUUAAGGAAUAUUUCACGUGGGCUGGGUUCAAAGGCUAUAACUUGGUUGUCAGGAUGAUUGAAACUGAUGAGGACUUUGUUGACUUGCCUCGGGGCUACAACUACUUGGUAGAUUUCUCAGACCUUUCUUUUCCUACUAAAAGACCAAACCGUGAUCAUCCUUAUGAAGAAAUAAGAAGUAGAGCUACUGUCAUGAGACAUGUUGUGAAAAAUGGCCUACUCUGGGAUGAUUUAUACAUUGGAUUUCAAACACGAAUUCAGAGGGACCCAGAUAUCUACCAUCACCAAUUCUGGAACCAUUUUCAGAUCAAGCUGCCCCUAACACCACCUGACUGGAAUGCAUUUUUGGAACACGAGAAACAAAGUGGGAAUAAUGCACAGAAUUGCAGUGUAAUGUAAAUCAUUACCAGAAAACAUGUUACAACCUAAACUAGCAGCUGAAACCACUUUUAAACACAAAUCUGCCAAUGAAUGCAUAUUAAUCUCAUGAUAAUCGGAAAGGUUCAAAAAUUGAAAUCUGAUUUUCUCCUUUAUAAUUACUAAAAACGAUAUAUAGUGAAAGUGCUCAUCUAAGCAAUCCAUUCCAUACACAGGGUUAUUCGAAAGUUAAAUGCUCACCUAGAAGUCCCAUUCAAUGCCACACAGCUGUAUGACGUAGUCUUAAACAUCUGCAUAUGAAGCUGUACAAGUUGCAGUUACUGCAGGUAUUGCAUCCCGGUGACCAUAACAGAAGGCUCGAAUUUUGCGCUGCAAUUCUGCAGUUAAUGGAAGAUAACAAUUUUUCCAAAUUACAAUUUUUUUCAGAAGAAUCAAUGUUUCACCCCUCUGGUAAGGUUAAUCGAUACGAUGUAAGAAUUUGAGAGGGAAAAUCCUUGCAUAGUUGUGAAAAAUGAAAGAGAUGAAUAUAUUUUGCGCCAUUUCUCUAAGUUUAUGGAGCUUUUUUUUGAAGAAAAAAAAACUGACAGGAGUUUCAUGCCUGGACUUGCUACAAAACUGGUUGUUUCCCCAACAUCAAGAAGAUUCAAAUGACUUGAUUUUCAUGCAAGAUGAUGCCCUGCAUCACCUUUAUUUGGAGGUCUGGCAUUAUCUAAAUGACACUAAACCAGGAUGAUGGAUUGGAAGAGGUGGACAAUAUGAUCAUGUUCAUCAUCUGUGGCCUCCCAGGUCACCAGACCUUACCACCUGUAAUUUUUAUCUAUGGGGGUACAUAAAAGAAAAGGUAUUAGUCCCACCUAUCAAGAUCUGAGAAAUCAAAUUGUUGAAGCUGUGAAUUCAAUAAAUAGCGACCAGUGGAUUCAUGUCUGGCAAAAAAUGGUCUACCAUUUUUGGUGUUUGUUGCACAACAAAUGGUACUCAUGUUGACUCUUUAGAAUCACUCGAACAUUUGUAGGAUAAAGUCCCUGCCACAGACCCUCCUUGGUGAACUUCAGAGAGACGCCUCUGCCACAGAUAAAUAUCUAAGGUAGACUCUUGUUUACACAGAAAAUUAUAAAUGGAUUUGUUUUGAUUAAAUUUGUAACUAAACAGUUUUAUGAAUUGAAAUGUCAUAUUCGACUAGUAAUAUACUUUUCUGUAAUAAGAUUAUCUUAACAGAGCAAUGUAAAAUAUUUCUCUUUUAAACAUUACACUCAAUGUUUUCUGAUAAUCUUUAAUGUAAUACUUGAACAAGAAUUAUGAGGGUCGAGCAAGUGCAACAGUGAAAUUUUUUAGUUGUCAAUUUUUUUUAUUGGGUUUAAAGUAAAGAGAAAACAGUAGAUACAAUUGACAAUAAAAGAUUACAGAAAAAUAAAAAUGGUAUCAUGUAAUAAGAGAGUAUUUGAAACAUAGAAUAAUCUAAUAAAUAUUUGUAGAUCCUGUGAGAAAUAUUAAAGGAAUCAUUAAGCAGGUUAUAGUCAAACCAAUCAUGUUAGUCUAUUACAUUUGAACUCAUAUAAAAUAUUAUAGAAUAUUAUGAUAUAAACAGAACCGGAUAUAAUUAUGAUAUGAACUAUAGCUAUGGAGCAAAUGUAAUUUUAGCAAUUAAUCGGUUCAAAAACUGUCUGAAAUAGGGGGAGAAGGAUCUUAUUCAUGUUAAUUAUUAAAACAAUAGGAGCAAAAUUAGAUAUCGUAUUUACAUAUUCACAUUUACCAUUUUGAAUUUGUUUUUAUUAUGCUCAGUACAAAAACCAGUGUCCAUGCAAGGUCUUGUCAGCCUGAGUGGCUCAGGGGAGAGAAAGUAUACAGAUAGCUCAUGAGAAACAAACAGGAUUAAUUUAAAAAACAUAUCAUGAUUUAAGUAGAUUUCCCACACAUACACACAUUUUGCACUUAAUUAUUUACAUAAAUUUUACUUUUCUCUAUUAGGGAUGAGAUUUUGGUUUCACUGCUACCUUUAUAUAAAAGGAAAAAAAUCUGUGCUGAAACCCUUAAUAAAUAAAUAAUAAUGAAAAAAUUAACACCAACGUGCAAACAAGAAAAAUUGCAAAAAUAAAAAUAAAUGAUAAGUAAAUCUUAAAUCUUCAGUCAACCUACAUAUAUUAAAAAAUUGCGCUCCCACCUAGAAAAUGUAAAAUUAUCAUACAAACUCAAGUGACCUUCAACAAUAGUGUUCAUACAAAAAAAUAUAUAUAUAUAACGUGUAAGUUCAUAAAUACUAAAGGGUUAACACUGAAGAUUCGUUCCAAUAGAUAAAUAUAAACAGACUCAUGAAUGGCAAAGUCCAUAUAAAUUAAAUGGGAUAAGGAAAAAAAUAAAUAAAAAAAAAAUGAUAGAAUUCAGAACAUAGGGUUAAACCCUGAUCAUGGGCUAAAAAGUAACUUGAAUCCAUUUUCCAUCUUGUUCAUCUGACUUUAUUCAGUCUCCAUCUUAUCAUCUUACAUUUCUUGUAUACAAUAAUUACUUGGCUAAUAUUGAAAUAUUUUUUAAAAGGUAUCAAAUAAAAUUUAUUUUUGAUAAGUUUUUUAGAAUAUGUAUUGGUAAAUUGGUGGAAUGUAUGCAAUAAAGCCAAAAAUCA